AUGGAUUAUGCAAAGAAGUUUGAAGCCUGUCAAUAUCACGUAAAUUUCAUUCAUCAACCGCCCGAGCCUCUGCAUCCGACCAUAGCCUUGUGGCCUUUCGAAGCAUGGGGACUUGAUCUGGUUGGCCCUAUAACACCUAAGUUGUCAGCAGGGCACUCCUACAUCCUCGCAGCCACUGAUUACUUUUCAAAAUGGGUUGAGGUUGUCGCUCUAAAAGAAGCUAAGAAAGAAAAUGUGGUGGAUUUUAUCCGCAUUCAUAUCAUUUAUCAGUACAGCAUUCCCCAUCGGAUCGUGACAGAUAAUGGGAGAUAA